GAGAGGAAGAGCAGGAAACAGACAGAAACAACACAACGUGUGGUUUCAGAGAGGCAGAUCAAAGACGAUCAAAGGCGGUGAUGCCAUCGCAGGAAGUGCUACCGAUCAGAAUAAAAGUCAGAGCUCAACAUCGGGGCGGACAUCAGUGAGAACCACCCAAGCUUCGGACCUGAACCUCCGGCUGAGCCUAGGGAACCCUGAAGAGAGAAACAAAAUCAUCUGCAAAAAACUCACCAAUCCAGAUCUGAAUAAGAACCGAACAAAAAGGACAACGAGGUGUCUGAAAGCAGCGAGAGUCCAAACUGUCAGCAUGAUUUCGACUUCAAACUCCAUUCUGACGGCUGUCUGUGUGGUGGCGGCGAUGAUGAUGAUGAUGAUGUCAGAGGCAGCGGCGAUGCCCAAACCGGGCGGCCAAUCAAAACACUCGGCAAAGACUCACCGGAAGUUGUCGGACGGAGCGACGGUGGAAACGGUCCCCCUGGAAAUCGACCCAAACACUUUGGUUCCCAUCAGAACCAUCCGGCCGCUGCAGAACGCCUCCAUCUCCCCGUGGACAUACAACGUCUCCCAUGACGACACUCUGUUCCCCCCGGUGCUGUCCGAGGCUCGCUGUUUGCUGCACGGCUGUCUGGACUCGGAGGGCCGCGAGGACCUGAACCUGGAGUCCAGACCCAUCAUGCACCAGGUGCUGCUGCUGCGCCGGGUCAAGUCCACGGGGGCUGGGGGGGCGGGACACGGGUACCACUACCGGCUGGAGUCCCGCCUCAUCGCUGUGGGGUGCACCUGCAUCCGACCCAUCGUCCAACACCAAAACUGACCCAAAAAAGUGGAUUUAGAGACAAAAAAUUUGGAUUUUGAGACAAAAAAAUUGAUUUUGAGACAACAAAAUGUGGAUUUAGAGACAACAAAAUGUGGAUUUAGAGACAAAAAAUUUGGAUUUUGAGACAAAAAAAUUGAUUUUGAGACAACAAAAUGUGGAUUUAGAGACAACAAAAUGUGGAUUUAGAGACAAAAAAAAUUGAUUUAGAGAUAAAAAAGUAGAUUUAGAGACAAAAAAUGUGGAUUUAGAGACAA